ACAACUGUAGUUUAUUUUAGACUCUGCUUAAAAUGCAGGAUUUUAAUGCACAUAAUGUUAUAAUGGGGAAUAAAUAUAAGGAAAUAAUCACCACUCAUAUACAAACUUCAUUCUCUUCCACUCCAGUACAGUAGAUGGCGGACUGUUUAGUUAGAAAUCCGUCAGUACUCCAUCAAUAGAAGAAAAGAAUGGCUCCUUAAACACAGGAGAUCUUUGUCAAAUCUUCAGCUGGAGUCUAACAAGUCAUGGAACUGAACGAAGUGAAGGAGAAACUCAAGAAGAAACCAAAACAAGAAUCGUUUAGUUCCUCCCAAAAAAGAUCUCAAAGAAAUCCCAAAAAUACUCGCACCUGCCCUCAUUGUGGAAAGAGUUUUAUGCGUAACGAACACCUCAAAAUGCACCUGCUGAUUCACACCGGAGAGAAGCCCUUCACGUGCCUUCAGUGCGGACGAAGCUUCAGAUGUAAAGGAGACCUGACGAAACACACCAGGAUCCACACCGGAGAGCGUCCGUAUGCGUGUCCUCAGUGUGGAAAGAGCUUCCCGAGCGCAUACGUCCUCAAAAACCAUCAGCUCCUCCACUCUGGAGUGAGAUCUUUUAGCUGUGAUCAGUGCGAGAAAACGUUCAUCCUGGCCACGCACCUACAGAGACAUUUGAAAAUCCAUACCGAUAGGAAGCCUUGCUUGUGUUCGCUCUGCGGCAAGAGGUUUUUUCAUUUAAAGGAGCACCAGAAGAUGCACGCCGCUGUGAGAGAUCAUCUGUGCUUUGAGUGUGAGAAGAGCUUUACCUCCGCCAAAUCACUCAAACAGCAUCAAAUGAUUCACACUGGAGAGAAACCAUAUAAGUGCACACGCUGUGAAAAGAGAUUCACUCAGUCAGGAACCCUGAAAGAUCAUGAGAGAGUUCAUACUGGAGAAAAGCCGUAUCAGUGCUCUUCAUGCGGGAGGAACUUCAGCAGAUCAAGUAAUCUACAAACUCACAUGAGAAAGCGUUGCCAGAGUUCAUCUUCACAUCGUAAACAGUUUGAAAUUCAGAUUAAGUCAAAGAUGGAAUAACAUUUUUCCAUGCUUUAGAUGCUUUAGAAAGUAAAAAUAGUAUGAGACUGUGUGUGUGUGUGUGUGUGUGUGUGUGUGUACCAGUUUUUCUAUUCAGGUGGGGACUUAAACCUGAACACACACACAGACUCAUGGGGACUCGUGUCACGGUGGGGACCUAAAUUGAGGUCUCCACGGGUAAACAAGCUAAUAAAUCACACAGAAUUAAGUUUUUUGAAAAUCUAAAAAUGCCUGUAGUUUGCUGUAAGGGGUAGGUUUAGGUGAAGGGUUGGUGUAGGGUGAUAGAAUAUACGGUCUGUACUGUAGAAAAAGCAUUGCACCUAUGGAGAGUCCCCACAAGGAUAGCAAACCAGACGUGUGUGUGUAACAUUUUAUUUAGGUGUGUAACCUUUCUGGCAUGCAAUAUUUUAAAAUAAUGAUCUUCUGAAAGUUAAAGUAAUUUAGAAAAUACUGAAAUCACCAAGCCAGUAUUGCAUAUGCAUCAAAUGAGUUUUAAUAUUGCAUUUAAAUGUAUAUUUUAGCAAACUGUUCCUUAACUAAAGGUGAAGAUGAAUAAAUGUUUUCUCCAAAACUUUUGUUUUUUUUACAUUCCAUUACUGACUAUAAAACAAAAAUAAUGUGAUUAUAUGCCAUCAUAUCUGUCUGCACCAUUAAAGUUCCAGUUAAGAAAUGACUCCCCUGUUUCUGCUUCAUAUUGAAUUAUCUUGCACCUGUACACCCAGCUUCUUCUGGCAUUGUAGUUAUGUCAAAAAGUUAUGGUAUGUCUUUGUGUUCAUCAAAGAAAAGAUACUCUUUAAUUUUAAUUUGCAUUUUGAAAAUGUGGUUCCUAAUAUUGUAAUUAUGAUCAUGUGACUAACAAUUAAUCUGUGUAUUUUAUUAUUUAAUUGGAAAAUAAUUUUUGUACUAUCCAACAGCAUGUCUGUGAUUGUAAUUUUCUUUUUUCUCUUUCUGGUUCCCCUGGAUUCAUAUUGCCUGUUGUAUUGUUUUGUUUAAAGCAUAAUAAAAUAAAAAAUCUUG